UGUCACGCGGAAAAGCGGCGGUGCCGGCGGAGGCUGCGGCUGCGGGGCCCGGCGGGCUGUCGGCGGCGGGGCCGCGCUGAGGGCACGGGCUCGAGGCUGCCGCCGCCGCCCCGCGCUGCUCCCGGUGCCGUGAGGAGGGCGCUGCCGGCGAGUCCCCGGGCGGCCGAGGCUCGUCGUCACGCAGCUCGGUGCGGAGCCGGCCCGGCGGCUGUGUGCUCGCAGCUCCGGGCGGGAAGGGGCCGUGGUCGGCACCGCAGGGCUUCUGGAACGCAGCGUGAGGGCACUGAGGGAGGCACCGCGGCGCUCGGGUUGGUGUCGUUUCAUGGCGUCACCUAGGAGGUGCUCAGAAACGAAAAACACCCCUCUCACCUAGAAACAAAAAGACACUCAAGCGAGCCGCACAGAUAACUUGCAGUGUUUGUGCCAAAAAAGUUUGUGUUUGGUUCCUUAAUUUAGGAGGGGAGCGUGGUACUUUUCAGUAUAUAACUUUUUCCUCCCUACUUUUUUACCCGUGUAUGAUAUUGUCUUGUCUUGUGAUAGGCUUUGCUGGAUACCCAAAACCACUGCUAGACCACGAUGUCCCUUGACUUUGAUAGUGGAGCUCUACAAACUCAACAUGAUGAUGAAGACUAUGACCAAGAGGACUACGCAAGAGAACAAGAGGUUUCAAAAAAAAGUUUAUGUGAUGGUUUUCAUAACUAGCAUACCACCAUUUUGGUUUAGACUUAUAUUCUCUUUGAUACGAGCAAAAUACAGGGUACAGACUUUUGCAAAAGGGACAUAUAAAGUAUGAGAUAACGAGAUGGUGCAUCUUAAGCAAUGGCAUAUGUAGAGACUGGAAGGCUGUAAUCUGUUGCUGAGGCAGUAGAUAGAGCGCUAAAAGGUGCAGUUGCUCUACUUUUUCUGGUCUUUUUUUUUUUUCCACAGAUUUUAUGCUUACUGUAAUUACUUAUGAAAGAAAAGUGUUGCUCUCUGUGAAAAUCUACUUAGCCCAGAAAAAAACGAGUAACCACUUUUAUAAGCUACUGAUUAUAAAUUAGAUCCUCCAAUACCUAGAAAAAUAUAUUAUUUUUUUUUUAUUUAGUGGAAAUAUUUUAGGUGUUUCUAUUCUGUUUGUUUCAUAAAGGAAAUUAGCAAAAAUAUGCAUUUGAUAUGAAUGUGUGAAGUGGUUUUGUAUGGGUAGGUAAAUCAUGUUCACAUGAGGUAGCUUCCCUGAGAUGGUGUCCCGUUCUUUAGCAUAGGUAAUGUAAAGACAAAUUCACAAAAACAUGUACAAAAACAAUAGAUGCAUGACUUCUAAAGAUGUUACUGCAAACAUGAUAGAGAACCUUACUUCAGACCCAAAACUUUCUACUCUGAUAAAGAAUAUUGUUCAGGGAGUUGAGAGAAGCAGCACUCCUACGAGGAAAUGCUGGGAGCAGAGUCUGUUCAGUCUGGAGAGGAGAAAGUUUGGGGGUGAUCUUAUCAUUGUACGUAAAUAUUGGAAGGGAAGGUGUAAAGAAGACAUAGCUGCGCUCUUAGUGCUGCCCAGUGAUAGAACAAGAGGCAAUGAGCACAAACUGAAACACAGGAGUUUCUAAGAGUAAGGAAACGCUUUUUUACACGUGUAUUUCUCUCAGUAAGAGCAGGCUUUGAAUGUCCAGUACCUCUUACCCAGCGUAAAGGGAAGAGAUAUCUCAGCAUGAUCACUAACAGAUUAUCCUAGGACACAUCUCUCCGGUAGCCUCUCCCUUAACUGUUCUGGGUGUGAUUCUUUUUGUCACAGGACUUUACCAGAAAAAUUCCUAGGUUGGUAACUGUAGUCUCUUAAGCAUUGUGUGGUGCAAAUCUCUGUGAAUUCCAGUGUUGUCAAAGAAUGAUGUCCUUUUCAAUGGAGGAAGAAAGUCAGGGUUUUGUGCAAGUGGCCUCUUUCAUCUGUGUGUGCCUGUCUUUGCAUGAAGUCGUAUAUGAUCUUUUGAAAUGUAUAUGGUUUGUUCUGCUUCAGCUGCAACAACUCUUGACAGACCUUCCCCAUGAUAUGCUGGAGGACAGUGGAGACCAGCUCUCCAGCUAUUCAGACAGUAGCACUCAUGAGAGCGAGGAGCAGUCAGUUGAGCCUCGGAAGCCUGAUGGACGGUGGAAUGAUCAUCCACUGGUCGUUGAUCCUCAAAAUAAUUAUGAGGAAGGACAAAAUCUGUAUCCUGAACAAUUUCUGUGUGACCAGCAAGAUGAUCAUGCUGAAAAACAUGCCAAGAAUUGGAAUGGCCUACAUAAUGAAGAGAAAAAAUGUUUAUAUGAUGCUAAAGAAGAUUACUGUAACCAGAACAUUCAAGAGGAUCCAGAUAAUGUCUUUCUUGGUAGAGAUGGAUUUAAUGGUCCAAGGUGCUACCAACAGAACAAUUUGUAUCAUCUUCCUGAAAACUUUAGACCAUAUACAAAUGGCCAUAUACCAGAAUUUAACUGUCAACAAAGUAAAAUAAUAAACUUCCCAGAUGCUUCAAAGGAACAUCUUAAGCAGUUUGUUGCAUCUGAAGUUGUUAGUGGCCAGUCAGUGGAAACUUACAAAGUGACAUAUAAACCAUACCAAAAUGGAGUUCACCAAAAAAAUCCAGUAACCCCGGAAGGAAUGAGAAGAAAUGAAAUGUUUGAAGAUUUGCAGAAUGAAUUCUUGGGCAAUGAUGAAAAUUCUUCAGAGAAUAUGCAGAUUCUUCAGCUUCAAGCUCUAAAUAAAGCAAGAGAAAGACAACUGGAAGAAUUUAAUGAAAAGCUAGAAAAGAGUGCACAGCAGAUUAGGUAUCUGAGUCAUCAGCUUUCAAUGGUCAAAGAUGAAAAGGAUGGUUUGGCUGUUAGCCUUCAUGAAUCUCAAAAACUCUAUCAGAAUGGAAAAGAACGGGAAGUGCAUCUUGAAGGUCAAAUAAAGGCACUUGAAACUCAAAUUCAGACUCUUACUGCCAAGGAAGAGCAGAUAGUGAAGCAAUCCAAAGUGGCAGAGGUAGCCAUGGAAAGCAUGCAGAAGCAGCUGCUAGAACUUCAGCGGUCAGAUGCCCUUCAACGAGCCAGAGAACAGCAUGAUGCCAUUAUUUCAGCACUCAAGCAGAAGCAUGAAAAGCAAGUAUUGUCCUUAGAGCAGAACCUUGAUGCUACAAAAUCUGCACUCCGAGAGCAGAAAGAACUCUGCAAAAAUCUAGGAGAGCAUGUUAACCAACUGGAGAAAAUGCUUGAAGAAACCAAAUGUGAAAAAACUGAAAUAAUAAAUAGAUUGACAAGAAGUCUAGAAGAAAGCCAAAAGCAGUGUGCAAACUUACUGCAAACAGGCUCAAUACAGGAGACAAAUCAGUUACGGUUUCAGUUGCAACAAGCUCAGUCUGCACAUAUGAUAAGCAAUAAAAUGAACAAGGCUUUGCAGGAAGAAUUAAUGGAACUGAAAGAAGAAAUAACUUUGUAUGAAUCUGCUGCCAAAUUUGGAGUAUUUUUGAAUGAUGCAGACGGAGAGCAGCAUACAAACCUCAGUGAUUCCUACGUAGAUUUGGGAAUUAAAAAAAUCACCCAGAAAAACUCAGGGUUCUGCAGUAUAAUACAGAACAGAGGCAUGGAUGAAGAACUCUCUAAAGAUGAAAUUAUUGUAAAAUUAAAAGCUGAAUUGGAACGCUUAUUGAGCAGUAAUAAAAUGAAGAGAAACCAGAUUACUCAAUUACAAAAUGAUCUUAAGGAUUGCCAGAAGACAUUAGAGGAACUCAAGCAGUUGUUGAAAGCAGAAAAAGCAUCAAAAGAGUCAGAGGCAGUGAAGAAUAUAAAUGAUCCUUUGGUGGCCAAUCUGUUAGUUCCUGAUAAUCUUAAAGAAGAAGUUUGGAGACUCAGAAAGGAAAAUGAAACUUUGCUGCAAGAAGUUCAGAAACAUACUUUGACUAUUGAAGAACUGAAAGAAAAUGAGGAAAAACUGAAAAACUCAAACCAGGAUCUCUGCUGUCAGAUGAGAAAUAUGGUUCAAGAUUUUGAUGAGGAUAAGCAAGAAGCACUUGACAGGUGUGAAAGAACUUAUCAGCGACAUCAUGAGGAUAUGAAAGCCCAGUUUGAGAAAGAGUUGACCGAGAAGUAUGCUGCAGAAAAACAGCAGCUUCUACGAAGUCAUGAAGAGAGGGUCUCACAGCUGAAGGCUACCAUAGAGGAGCUGAACAGAGAGAUGACUGCGGUGAAGGAAUGUUACAUAGCAGUCUGUGGUGAGAAGGACACCUUGGAAGCUACUUUAAGGCAGAAAUUUGAGCAAGAGCAGCAGCUGAAAGAAGAGAAGCUCAAGAAACAUCUUCUAGAAGAAAAAGAAGAGUCUCUUAGCCUUCUGAGAAGCAAGCUUGAAGAGAAAUACAGUGAUUCUAUGAGAGCAGCAAAGCAGCAGUGGCUGAAAGAAAAAAGAGAGCAGGUUGAAAAGGAGGUUGCAUUAGCCAAAGCCCACUGGGAGAAGGAAGAAAAAAAGAAUAUAGAACAAGUCAUUGGAGAGAUAGAAGGAGAAUGGCAAAAUAAGCUGGAAGAAGUGAGAAGAACUGUAGCUGACUGCAAUGAUUGUGGCAGUCAAACUGACAGAGUGACAGUAGUGGAUGAUGCUUCAUUUAAAGAGUUAGCAAGGAUCAUUGCAGAUCAGAAGCUGCAGAUCAAGAAGGCUCUGAAAGAAAAUAUGUCCUCUGAAGAGCCCUUAAGAGAACUUGAAAUAGAACUGGAAAAUAAAUACUGUAAACACCUUGCCAUCCAGGUAGAGGAAGCUUUAACCCAAGCUCGUGACAAGUGGCUGCAAGUAUUAAGAGACCUCAGAGAGUACAAAGUAAAUCUGAAGACAGACCAAGAAAAGUGUGAAAGGGAACACAAAGGGACUGCAGCAAAGCAGUUAGCCCUGAUUCUCUCAGCUGCCGAAGAGAAGUGGAAGAAAGAACAUGAGAAUACAGAGAGAUCUGGAGCAAGAAUGAAAGAACUGGAGGAAAAGGUGGUUUCUCUCAGGAAGGAGCUGGAGCUAAAGAAAGAAGAAAUGCCUGCGGCUAUCAAAGCAGAACUAGCCAGAGCCCGUGCUCAGUGGAACAAAGAAAAGCAAGAAGAAAUCUUGCAGAUACAAGAGCAGAAUGAGAGAGACUAUCGUUUGUUCUUGGAUGACCACAGAAACAAGAUUAAUGAGGUACUUGCCACUGCAAAGGAGGAUCUUGUAAAGCAGAAGAACAAUCUCUCUGCUCAGAAAGAGGAGGAAAUUAAGAUGAUACUGGACAAGAAGCAGCGGGAGUGGGAAGCUCAGGAAACAAAGAGACUUCAGGAUGAGCUCAGUCGUUGUGAGGAGAAGAUUCUGAUUGAGCUUGAGCACUUAUUGCAAGAAGUCCACGAAGAGCUAGUUGAGUGCGCAGCUAGUAAGUGUUCCUGGGAGGACAGGUGUUCUGAUGCUCCUGAUCAAUUAAAUAAUCAGUGCAAAGGCAAACUGAAGGCAUGCUUACAGAAGGCCUACAGAAGAACAGUUCACACAAUUCUGGAAAAGGACAAGCGAGAAUGGAAAGAGAAACAUGGAGAGCUACUGAGUAAUGUCAGUCAAAAUGCAUACCCUAGCAUGCCCCGAGGCACAGGAGAAACUGGAGACCUGGUGACACCUCCUUUGUAUGGCAUUGGUCAGCAAGCAGAAACACAAAGAAAGCUGAGAUGUCUGCCCCUGCAGAGAACUGGAACAGAUGGAGGAAACGAGAAGUUUCUUGAAGCUCUAACUGCCGAAAACUGUGAGGUGAAGGCUAAACUGAGAGACCUGGGAACACCACCAAGGUCACUGUCAGAUGGAGGUGUCUCAAAACCCUGUACGUCCUGCUGCUCUGUGAAAGGGCUGGAAGAAAUGCGUGCUCUGUACAUUACAACUGUGAGCAAGAUUAAGAGUGAUAUGCUUAAUUACAUCCGUGGAAGUAAGGAGAGGGCUGCUGCUAUGAUUAGAGCAGAGGUUUUAAGAGAGCGCCAAGAGACGGCACGGAAAAUGCGGAAAUACUAUUUGACAUGUCUUCAGCAACUUCUUACUGAUAAUGGGAACUAUGAAAGAGCUGAGAAGAAAAUAAUGAAUGCUGCCAUCAAGCUUGUUACAAUGGCUAAAGGACUUGAAACCCCUCUUCGACACACGUCCCAGUGCAAAACUACCCACUCAGCUCUGCUGCUAAAUUCUGAUCUGCCAACCGGAGGAGAGUACUCAAAAAGUGAUGGCCUAUCUCAAAGUCGGCUAAACCACAUGGAAAGCAAAUCUUGUGGCGAAAGUAUUACUGAAAAAGCUAAUGAUAGAGUUGUUCAUAAGCGUGUUCCACGUGACUUGAGACAGCAAUUUGAUGCAACGCAGACUGAAACACAACAUAUGCUUCCUGAAACAGAUGCUUCAAAUAUUCAGAAUGGGAAUAAUACCAAAAAUCUGGUUGACUUUACUAGAGAUCAUCUGUUAGAGUUCUAUCCAAAUGAAGAUGGAAGAAGAGAAAAAUACAGCCCUAUCAUAAAUGUGAAUAAACCACUCCUGUGUGCAACUAGUAAUUUAGGACAUCAGAAUACCUCUCCAUCUGCCUUUCGUGUCAAGUUAGAUAAUAUGCAUGCACUCAGCCUUACAGAUGGCCUUGGUGUCUCAGAGCCAUCUCAUCAAGUGCUGAAGAAUCAAAAUGAAAGAUUAGUUUUGAAAGAAGAUGAAUGUAUACCAUUGUGUGGAAACUGGAAAACUACAACUGGAAGAACAAAAAACUCAGAUUUUCACAAAAUCUCUAGAAGGGAUGAAAGUAGCUGCAGUGAAUGGAAUUCUGUGAAUGGAAGUCAGUGUCUGGGUAGUAGUAAUAUGCCUGUGGUGCAUCCUGAACAAAAACCCAAUGCAAACAUCCAGGCAAAGUUUGUAUCCUGUGAAGAAUCUUUUUCCACUGCCGAUGAAAGUGUUGGUGGUACUUGGAGAGAACUCACCAAUGGCCAUGUCAAGAAUCUCAAAGUGAAAAACAGUAGUAAGUUUUACAGUAGAGGCCAGAUGAAAACAAAUCCAGAGUGUACUUCAUUCCUCAGAUCUGACAAAUCAAACUCUGCUGUCACACAGCUCAAUGUGUUGCCAAACUCAAAUGCACAAAAAUGCUGCGAGAAAUACUUGGAAAAGAAUGUCAUGGAAUCCCCAGUCUCUUCAGUAAGAUAGUGGUUUUGAUUUUUUUUUUUUUAACUUGAACCAAUAACAAUGAUUCCACAUUUGAAGGAAAAAUAUAUAUAUGUAAGUGUGAGGAGAGGGGAAAAAAACUGUUUCGUGACCAAUGUUACAGAAUUUGUGUUGCAUGAACUAAUUCUAUGCAAUUGCUUGAAAUAUAAAUGCAGACUUCUGUUUACUUUUGGAAUAACACUUUCACAGCUGUUUAUAGUGUAUUAUGUAUGUUUAUUAAAUAGAAUCUAUUUUUAUAUUAAGUGUGCAGUGUUUAUUUAAAACAAAGCUACUUUAGCUUGUGGUAAACUUUUUAAAUGCUUGUGAAAAUUCCUUCAGAACUCAAUGAGAAAUGUUUGAAACAAGUUUUUCAAUUGAGCUUUCUAUUUUGAAGAACCCCCCCCUUACUUCCUCUGUAUGUGUCUUCAUAAUAAAAGUGUAAAUACUUACUUUAAUUAUUAAAACAAAUCAACUAU